AUGCCAAAGUUAGAUGAAAAGCCCCGGGUUUUCCUAGAAGAAUUUCGUGUUAAGAACGCUGCUGAAGAUUACGGAUUAGCUGAUGAUAAAUGGGACUUUAGUAAGUUUAAAGAAAGGUUUCGUAUUGUCAUUAUAAAAAUGGAUAAUCUGGAAAUGGAAUUUGAUUUAAUUGGUAUACAGCCAGCAUUUGCAAAUGCUUUCCGUAGAAUUAUGCUAAGUGAAGUACCUAGUAUGGCUAUAGAAAAAGUGAUGAUUAAAAAUAAUACAUCAAUAAUUCAAGAUGAAAUAUUAGCCCAUAGAUUAGGCUUAAUACCUCUAAAAGCUGACCCAAGACUAUUUGAAUAUCGUCCUGUAGGUGCAACUGAGGGGACUGAGUUUGAUACAUUAGAGUUUUCAUUGAAAGUAAAAUGCACUCUCAAUAAGACACAAACAAAAGACUCAUUCAGGCCCGAAGAUUUAUAUGAAAACCAUAGUGUAUAUUCUUCACAAAUGAAAUGGCUUUCUAUAGGAAAUCAAGGUUCUGUUCACAAAGACAAUGAUGUUGGGCCAGUACAUGGGGAUAUAUUGAUAUCAAAAAUGAGACCAGGCCAUGAGUUAGAUCUUCAUCUUGUAGCAAUUAAGGGGAUUGGAAGGGAUCAUGCUAAGUUCUCUCCAGUUGCUACAGCAACUUACAGACUGCUUCCCGAAAUAACCUUAACACAGGAGGUAAAUGGUGGUGAUGCAACACUACUACAAAGUUGUUUUUCACCUGGAGUAAUAGGAAUUGAUUCUAAUGGUUGUGCAUAUGUAAAGGAUGCUCGAUAUGAUAGUUGUAGUAGAAAUGUAUACAGAUAUGAUUCAAUUAAAAAUUCUGUAAUAUUAAGCAGAAUUAGGGAUCAUUUCAUAUUCAAUGUCGAGUCUGUUGGAGCAAUGGCACCUCAUGUAAUCUUUACUGAAUCAAUUAAAAUACUAAGAGAUAAAUGUAAAACAUUAUUGGAUGAGUUAUCCAAUUUUUAA